AUGGACAAGUUUUAUUCCUUCAAGAAGGACGACGAUGACGACGAUCCUUUGAAGAGAUUCAUGGGCGUGAACAACMCGCGAGACACGACCAUCCAGAUUGUCAUUUCCCUAGUCUUCGGACUGAGCGCCUUUCUCGCCUUUUGCGUCCUGCGGCCGCGAUGGACAGGACUCUAUGCAGCACGGAAGAGGCAGAAGCAUGAGGCGACGGCACUGCCAGAGCUGCCAGACUCCAUGUUUGGUUGGAUAUUGCCUCUAUGGAGAAUCACAGACCAGCAGUUGUUGGCGUCGGCGGGCCUCGAUGCCUAUGUCUUCCUGGCCUUCUUCAAGCUAGCGAUCAAGUUCUUGUUCACUACGUUACUCUUCUCCCUGCUCGUGAUCAAGCCGGUUCACGACGCAUACCCAGAGGAGGACGAUGGCAAACACAACGAGACGAAAAGCUUUAACAUGGACCUGCGCCAAUCUUCCAACCUGUUCAACUCCACGCCUGGCAAUCAUACAUUGUGGGAUCCUAGCAAUUUCGAAACAGACUACCUGUGGAUGUAUCUCGUCUUCGCCUACACCUUCUCAGGCAUCGCCAUCUAUCUGAUUUAUUCGGAAACAAGAAAGRUGAUUGAGGUUCGGCAGGAGUACUUGGGCACGCAGACAACAGUCACGGACAGGACCCUCAGACUUUCAGGCGUUCCAAAAGAGCUGCAGGAUGAAGAACGAGUCAAGGACUUUAUCGAGAAUCUGGAUAUCGGCAAGGUGGAGACGGUGGUGAUUUGCCGGAAUUGGAAAGAGUUGGACAACGCCAUGCUCGUACGGGCGGACCAUAUGAGGCGCCUGGAGGAGGCAUAUACAAUUCAUCUCGGCUUCAGGAAGGUGGAGAGAAAUCUCGAGACCUUGCCAGUUGCGCAGCCGUUGCCUACGGAUUCGGCGGAUGCACCCACCACAGAAGCGGACGAAAACGCAACAUUGAUCGGUGGUCAUGGUAGCCAUGUCAGACCGUAUACAAAGGGUAGACCUCGCGCGACAAUCAGAUCUGGAUGGCUCGGUUGGCGUAGACAUCAGGUUGAUGCCAUCGAUUACUACGAGGAAAAGUUGCGUCUGGCAGAUGAAAAUAUCAAGGAACUGCGUGCGAAGAAGUAUGCCCCCACGCCGCUGGCUUUCGUAACGAUGGACAGUGUGGCUUCCUGUCAGAUGGCUAUUCAAGCGGUAUUGGAUCCGUCUCCUCUACAGUUGAUCGCCAACCAAAGUCCCGAGCCUUCAGAUGUGAUCUGGCCCAACACUUACCUUUCACGGAGAAGUCGUAUGGUCCGCGCCUGGUCCGUCACAUCACUCAUCGUCCUACUCACGAUAUUCUGGUCUGCCAUCUUUCUCCCCAUCGCUGCUCUUCUACAGACCAAGACACUCGGAAAGGUGUUCCCACAGCUUGCAGAGAUCCUCAGCGAACACGAGAAUCUCCGGUCCCUCAUCAACACCCAACUGCCGACUCUAUUUGUAUCUCUCAUGAUGGUACUGGUUCCAUACCUCUACUACUACCUAUCGUGGUGCCAAGGAGAGAUUUCGCGCGGAGAGAUUGAACUGUCGACAAUCUCGAAGAACUUCUUCUUCACGUUCUUCAACUUCUUCGUCAUCUUCACGACCAUCGGUACAGCCACCAAGUUUUACACCUUCUUCAAGGACUUUGGUGAUGCUGUACGAGAUCCUCAGAAGAUCGCCUACACCCUGGCGAUCUCACUACAGAACAUGCUCAACUUCUACGUCAACUUCAUCAUCCUUCAGGGUGUGGGGUUGUUCCCGUUCCGGUUGUUGGAGAUUGGUAGUGUCACACUCUACCCAGUGAUGCUCAUGGGUGCCAAGACUCCUCGCGAUUACGCAGAGCUCGUCCAACCUCCAGUAUUCAGCUAUGGCUUCUACUUGCCAAACGCUCUACUGAUCUUCAUCAUUUGCAUGGUGUACAGUGUGCUGCGGUCGUCUUGGCAGGUACUACUGGCAGGCUGGCUCUACUUUUGCCUGGGCCACUUUGUCUACAAAUACCAACUACUCUAUGCAAUGGACCAUCGACAACAAGCAUCCGGGCGGGCGUGGGGUAUGAUCUGCGACCGUAUAUUUGUGGGCUUGAUUCUCUUCCAGCUCACCACCGCCGGCCAGCUCGGCUUGAAGAACGCCUUUGCUCGAAGUGCCAUGAUGGUGCCUCUCAUCAUUGGGACAUUAUGGAUCCAGAAUGCUUACGGCAAGACUUACAAGCCCUUGAUGAAAUUCAUCGCUCUUUCGGCUGUGAAGCGAGGAGAGCAAUAUACAGACGCGGACCCUGCGGCUUCCCCGGUUGCCCCGAGCGUGACCAGCAGUACAGUCUCUUUGACGCAUAACGUGUGGGCCGAUGACAACAAUGCAGCGCCGAGAGGUCAACGACAGAAUUGGCGAGAAAACGGCGCACUUCGAGAAAGGAAUCUACCUUUUAUCAACCCCAGUUUAGUGGCUCCUCUGAGAGGAUUGUGGAUUGCAGAUGAUAGUGUCAGGAAUGGUGGGACGGGUGUACCUCCURGGUCGGAGAGUGAAGAGAACCUCGGUGCUUGA